CAAAUGUUAAUAUAUACUGACAAUACCGUGCCUUUAUUGCCCUCAUAAUACACUCUGCGUACGUGGUCGUCACAGGUGGCAGCCAUGGGUCACGUGCUGGACGCGUAGUUGAGUGCUAUCGGGACCAGCAGCCAAUCAAAUUGCGUCCCACCAUACGUCACACACGGCUCUGGUCAGCCACCCAGGCAGGUACCCCAUCGAUUCGCCUCAACCUAUCGAUGCCGUCGGCAUUCAGCCCUCAACCUUCACCACUUUACAACACAUCAACACGUCUUUUGAAGGCCUGAAAGAACUACAGACGUAGCAGACGGGGUUCUGCUGCGACUUUGAGGCCUUAUAGUCCCUAUAUUAUACCAUGAUUCCAGACGGCAACCUCUCUUUCAGAUGCCGCUCGGCGGGCAGAGUCACAGCUGGACUGUUGUUAUCGUUCCUAGCAUUGCACACUCCGGUUUCAGCCCGACAAGACAACGGAGCCCAAAUACACCUAGGAGGGCAGGAGCUCCCAGCUAUUCCGCCGUCAUUCCCAGGUCAGCCAGGUGACGAGCCUCAGGGUGGUGCUGAACGAUUCUCUCUUCGGCAUCUAUUCCAUCAUGGCGGGAGCAGAUACCCGACGUUGCAUAGGCGGCAGGAUGUCCUCAACCCGGAAGCACAGUUAUAUACCACCUCCGAGGACGGCCGGCCGCAAGAGUUGCCUCCACUUAUGAUCCGAAGCGUGCCGCUGAAGAUGCAACGGCUAGCGGAUCGAAGGCCAUCAGUGAUCGACCCAAUGAUAGCAGCAGCACGAGAUCAUGGAGAGGUCGUAUCACUAUCGGCAUCUGCCUGGACGGUGGAUGAGAUCGAGGGGCCGGAUAUUUCAGAUAAGGCAACAGUAGUCAGCAUGGCAGAGAUGGCAGCAGCGGCAUAUGUCCUGGAACCCAAUCUGAGAGGCUGGGAGAACAUUAGCCACUUCCACAAUUCAACGGAUUUUGGUUGGGAAGGAGACGGACUCCGGGGACAUAUAUGGGCAAAUGACAAGAACUCGACGAUUAUCAUCAGCUUGAAGGGCACAAGCAUGGCUGUCUUCGAUGGACAAGAGACAACGAAGGAUGACAAGGAGAAUGACAACCUCUUUUUCAGUUGCUGCUGUGGGCAACAGGGACAGUUGACAUGGCGAAAAGUUUGCGACUGCGCAACAUCCACAUACUCCUGCAACAACACCUGCGUCGUCAAAAACCUGCGCCAAGAGAACAGGUACUACCAAGCAGCUCGAGAGUUGUACUCAAACGUUACUGCAUUAUACCCUACGUCCAACGUCUGGGUCAGCGGCCAUUCCCUUGGAGGUGCCGUGAGCAGUUUGCUUGGAAUGACCUAUGGGUUACCAACUGUUACCUUUGAGUCUCCUCCGGACAACCUUGCAGCCAAGCGCCUUGGACUACCCCUACCACCAUCCAUGGGUGGUGAUGAGCUACGAAGACGCGGAUAUACCGGGACCUACCACAUAGGCCACACCGCCGACCCCGUCUUCCUUGGGACCUGUAAUGGGGUGACAUCACUCUGCUCGUUCGCUGGGUACGCCAUGGAAACUGCCUGUCAUUCUGGUCAAGAGUGCGCCUACGACGUCGUCGGAGAUCUUGGCUGGCGCGUUUCCCUCUCCUCUCACUCGAUACGCUCCGUCAUUGACACAGUAUUGGUCAAAUAUGACACCGGACCGAAAUGCGUCACCACACCCGAGUGUGUUGACUGCCCGCUAUGGAAGUUCUACGAGAGCAACAGCUCCGAGACAACCACAACCACGAAAUCGAAGCCAACGUCCACAAGGACGCGUACGAGAACGGAGACAUGCAAGACACCUGGAUGGUGGGGAUGUCUUGAUGAAACCACAACGGCAACUGGAACGGCCACGAGCAAAACCACAUCUACCGCGACAACAACAACGUGCAAGACUCCCGGCUGGUUCGGAUGCAAUGACAGGACAACAACAACCACCCCAGCCACCCCCUCCAAAACGGCCGUUCCAACCCCAACUCCUACGUCCUCCACCACAACCACUAGCACGGUUUCAACAACAUGCACAUCCCCUGGCUUCUUUGGUGGCUGCAACGACCCGACCGACCCCGUUACCACCUCUCCUCCUACCUCCUCGACAACUUGCACAUCCCCCGGCUUCUUCGGAGGCUGCAACGACUCCACCGAGCCCGUCAUCACCUCUCCACCCUCAACAACCUGCACCUCCCCCGGUUACUUCGGCGGCUGCAACGACCCCUCUCCCACCGGACCCCCACCCACAACCACCUGCGCCACUCCCGGCUGGUGGGGUUGCCGCGACCCUACCUCGCCUCCUCCCCUCACAUCCCCUCCCUCCGUCCCAACCGCCAUGCCAAACCCUACGGGUCCAACCACAACGAUAAAAUGCCACACCUACAAAUGGUUCGGUUUUGUCUGCGCGGAUCCGAAGCCGACAUCCCCUGCGGCUCCGACGCCAAAGGAGCGGUGUAAGAAGAGGGCCUGGUUCGGGUUUGGGACGUGUAAGGAGUGGGAGAGGGUUCAGGAGUUGUAGGUGACGGGUGCGGGAUUUAUGAGGAAGGAUGAAUGAUUUAUACCACGAUUAUUUAGUUUGCUGGGAGGAGUUGAUUUUUUUUUGGGCUGUUUGUCUGCUGUGGGUGUGGCAUUUUGGCGACUGGUUGGUUUUGUUUGAAGGGAAGGGUGAGGGCUGGCUUGGUGGUGUUUGGGGGAAGGAAAUGAGAUGAGGGUGCAUGGGAGAAUGUUAAAUGUUAUACACAUAUAGAUGACCAGAUCAUGUAUGCAACUGAGAACACUUGCUACUAGACAUAUGAAGUUCUCUGUAUUCCGUCCCAAUGAACGUGACGGUGACAUGAAAUAUCGAG